GCCGCGCCGUCAUUGAAUCAAAUACAAGCGAGACUGAAACUGCGAAUCAACGCGCGAUCUAACACGUGUUCUAUUAUAAGUGAAAACCGGGCGAAUAAACGUUAUUCUGCAUAGAAAAGUUUCCCGAGUGUUGUAUAUUUUGAAGAAUCUCUGUGAAAACUACGAAAAUGCCUGAAGAUAUGCAGACAUCGGGGGAGGUGGAGACCUUCGCCUUCCAGGCGGAGAUCGCCCAGCUCAUGUCACUCAUCAUCAACACAUUCUACUCGAACAAAGAAAUCUUCCUUCGUGAGUUAAUUUCAAAUUCCUCCGACGCCUUGGACAAGAUCCGUUAUGAGUCGCUCACCGACCCGUCGAAGCUAGACAGCGGCAAGGAGCUGUACAUCAAGAUCGUGCCCAACAAGAGCGAGGGCACGCUCACCCUCAUCGACACCGGCAUCGGUAUGACAAAGGCCGAUUUGGUGAACAACUUGGGUACCAUUGCGAAGUCUGGAACAAAGGCUUUCAUGGAAGCGCUGCAGGCCGGCGCCGACAUCAGCAUGAUCGGUCAGUUCGGCGUGGGUUUCUACUCGUGCUACCUGGUGGCCGACCGCGUCACCGUACACUCCAAGCACAACGACGACGAGCAGUACGUCUGGGAGUCUGCCGCCGGGGGCUCGUUCACCGUCCGCCCCGACACCGGCGAGCCGCUCGGCCGCGGCACAAAGAUCGUCCUCCACAUCAAGGAAGACCUGUCGGAGUACUUGGAGGAGUCCAAGGUCAAGGAGAUCGUCAAGAAGCACUCUCAGUUCAUCGGCUACCCGAUCAAGCUCGUGGUUGAGAAGGAACGCGAGAAGGAGCUCUCCGACGACGAGGCCGAGGAGGAGAAGAAAGACGAGACCGAGGACGACAAGCCCAAGAUCGAGGACGUCGGGGAGGACGAGGAGGAAGAUGGUAAGGACAAGAAGAAGAAAAAGAAGACCAUCAAGGAGAAAUACACCGAGGACGAGGAGCUGAACAAGACCAAGCCCAUCUGGACCCGCAACGCCGACGACAUCACCCAGGAGGAGUAUGGUGACUUCUACAAAUCGCUCACCAAUGACUGGGAGGACCACCUCGCCGUCAAGCACUUCUCCGUGGAGGGCCAGCUCGAGUUCCGCGCCCUCCUGUUCAUCCCCCGCAGAGCCCCCUUCGACCUGUUUGAGAACAAGAAGCGCAAGAACAACAUCAAACUGUACGUCCGCCGAGUAUUCAUCAUGGACAACUGUGAAGACCUCAUACCUGAGUACCUGAACUUUGUUAAGGGUGUGGUUGACAGCGAAGACUUGCCCCUGAACAUCUCUCGAGAGAUGCUCCAGCAAAACAAGAUCCUUAAAGUCAUCAGGAAGAACUUGGUUAAGAAAUGCUUGGAGCUCUUCGAGGAGCUGGCUGAGGACAAGGAGAACUACAAGAAGUAUUACGAACAGUUCAGCAAGAACCUGAAGCUGGGUAUCCACGAGGACACACAGAACCGCUCCAAGCUGGCUGACUUGCUGCGCUACCACACCUCUGCCUCCGGUGACGAGGCAUGCUCCUUCAAGGAGUAUGUCUCCCGCAUGAAGGAGAACCAGAAACACAUCUACUACAUCACUGGCGAGAACCGCGACCAAGUAGCUAACUCUUCCUUUGUUGAGAGAGUCAAGAAGCGCGGCUAUGAAGUAGUGUACAUGACCGAGCCCAUUGAUGAGUAUGUAGUCCAACAAAUGAGGGAGUAUGACGGCAAGUCCCUCGUCUCCGUCACCAAGGAAGGUUUGGAGCUGCCUGAGGAUGAGGAGGAGAAGAAGAAGCGUGAGGAGGACAAAGUAAAGUUCGAGGGUCUCUGCAAGGUCAUGAAGAACAUCCUAGACAACAAGGUUGAGAAGGUUGUCAUCUCAAACAGGCUGGUAGAGUCCCCGUGCUGCAUCGUCACCGCUCAGUACGGCUGGUCGGCCAACAUGGAGCGCAUCAUGAAAGCCCAAGCUCUCCGCGACACCUCCACCAUGGGCUACAUGGCCGCUAAGAAGCAUCUAGAAAUCAACCCCGACCAUUCCAUUGUGGAGACGCUCAGACAGAAGGCCGAUGCUGACAAGAACGACAAGGCUGUGAAGGACUUGGUCAUCCUGCUGUACGAGACUGCUCUGCUGUCGUCUGGCUUCGCUUUGGAUGAGCCUCAGGUGCACGCCUCCCGCAUCUACAGGAUGAUCAAGCUCGGUCUUGGCAUUGAUGAGGAUGAGCCUAUCCAAGUAGAAGAGGCCAGCGCCGGAGACGUUCCCCCGCUGGAGGGAGAUGCUGAUGACGCGUCCCGCAUGGAGGAGGUCGAUUAAACCACCCGCCUAUAGUUCUUGGUUUAAUUGAUUUGUGCACCAGUGUACAGCCAAAGACUGAUUUAGUUCAAACAAUUCCAAACCAUUAAUAAUGGUAACAACUAUUUUGUUUUCACUGCUUUAAGUGCUCAGUUGUCUUCGAAUAAAAGAAAUUUUAUAAUUA